UGUUGUAGAACAGGAAUUAUUAAGAGAUGAAUUGUUAAUUUUUUCUUUUUUUUUGUAAUUUUUUGUGUGAAAACUUACAAUAUAAUAAAGAACAAUAGUGUAAAUAUUAAUUAAUUACAAUCUGGACAUAUAAGCCAUAUCUAUCACUGGCUUAGUCCAGUAAAACUCAACAUAAAAAAAAAAACAAAAAAAAAAAAACAACGAAGCCUCGCUUUCUGUUUUUGAGAUGCCUGGAAAAGUUGGGGUAAAAAUUAAGGCCGGCCGAAAUUUACCUGUAAUGGAUAAAUCUUCGGAUACGACGGAUGCUUACGUUGAGAUAAAGUUGGGCAACGUUACUCAUAAAACGGAUGUUUGCCGGAAAACUUUAAAUCCUACGUGGAACACGGAUUGGUUCCGAUUUGAGGUGGACGACGCAGAAUUACAGGAUGAACCAUUGCAAAUACGUCUUAUGGACCACGAUACCUACUCCGCCAAUGAUGCCAUCGGAAAAGUAAAUAUUAGUUUAAAUCCUCUUUGCUUAGAGUUAUUUAGUCAGGCUACACAUGGCAAAGGUACGGUUCUUUCCGGAUGGAUUCCAGUUUUUGAUACGAUGCACGGCAUACGUGGUGAAGUAAAUAUUAUCGUUAAAGUGGAUCUUUUUUCGGAUGUGAAUAAAUUUCGACAAAGCUCUUGCGGUAUACCGUUUUUCCACUCCCUUUGUGUUCCUGUUGGGUAUCGUGCUCAAGUUAUACAUGGCUUCGUAGAAGAAUUAGUGGUUAACGAUGACCCAGAAUAUCAAUGGAUUGAUAAAAUACGCACACCGAGAGCCUCAAACGAAGCUCGCCAAGUGGUAUUUUUAAAACUCUCUGGUCAAAUACAACGAAAGAUGGGUUUGAAGGCUAUUAAUAUAGGUGCUAAUGCCGUUAUUGGUUAUUCGCAGUCCUUUGAUUUGGAAGGCGAUGUUGGUGUAGUGGCACGUGGUAUUGGAACGGCUGUAACCUUAAUUAAAGACACAAGUAGUCAAUCGACUUCGGGGGAAAGCAUUUUAAUUGAAGAAACAUUGAAUGAGCAUAGUGGAAAUACUUCGGAAUGUUGUAUUGAAUGUCCUCAGCAAAAAGGUACUAAAUCCUCACCAGCCCACGUAGUAAUUGAUCCAUCUUCUGGUAAUUUUGCAAACUCAAUGGUUAAUUAUUUCAAUUUCCUGCCAAGUCCUUCCAAAUAUGGUACUACAACAACGACAAACAUUCAAACACAAAUGGAUAGCCUAUCGUCUGCUACUACAACAUCAACAGCAACGACAGUUGUUCCCAAGGAACUAGGAGAAAUGUGUAGACGAUCGUCGGAUUCCGAUUUGAGUGUAACUCCUAAAGGAAAUUCAUUUUGUAUGGCUAGCGAUCGCCUUGUAGCGGCUACAGCCAUGAUGAGAAUUGGUCAACCAUGUUUGGGUAAAAAUGCCAAUAACGAUGGCAUGGAAAUGCUAGAGUAUCCUUUUCUUACAAUGACCAGGUAUCCGGAAGGAUUUUUACUUCAUAUAGGCGCAACCGUAGCUGCACGUUCAGUUAAAUUACUUGAACGAGUGCCAAAUCCUGAUGAGCCGGAGGUAAGGGAUUCUUGGUGGACGGAAAUACGUAUGGAAAUUCGAUCGCACGCUCGAUCCUUAGGCUGUAAUGUUGUAUUAGGCUAUUCAGAGUCCACAGCCAUCUCUGAUGAUGUUUGCGUACUCUCGGCCACCGGAACCGCGGCAAUAAUAAAUAUGAGCUUUAAUCGCUCCAUAUCUCAAAAUGAUAUAUUCACGAUGGCAAAAUCUAAUUGCGGCAUUGGCAUGUCCACAUCUUUGGAAGAACGAAAUGUGGUUUUCAAUGAUUUGAACUUAAAAGAUAUUGUUACCAUAUCGAAUGGAUCGACUGGAAAAAAGUUUUGCUUACCGCCUACACUAAAUGUAACUAAAGGUCUAUGUAAUGUGUGUCAUAUACCAUACAGUUCAUCAAGUUUACCGUUUAACGUCAAAAUGAAGAAGUGCGCUCUUUGCCGUAAAGGUCGUGUACCUGAUGUAUUGUUAGCCACACUCGAAGUGCCAGAUGCAUUGCAAAUAACUGGGCGGGGCAGUUUUCUACAAGCUCAGGUAGUGCGUGGUAAAAAAGAUUUGCGGUCUGAGUUGAAUGCCAAGGAAAUUUCAGAUGGUCUUCCUUUUCUGGAAUAUGAACUUCAUAGAGUACUGAUUAAUAAACUAAAAGCUAAGGGAAUGAAUGCAAUUUUCGGUUUAAAAGUUCAAGUUGCCAUAGGAGAACGAAUGAUGGCGCUCGUUGCAACGGGCACAGCAUUUUUCUUAAGCGCUUUACCGAUUCCUCAAGUACCAAAAAUAGUGGCUGGCAACUCGUGGACUGACAAACAAAAACUAAAUGAGUUGCAGAAAAAGCUUCAAGACACUUUUGAUCGUAAUCAAGAGAUAUAUCAAUUAAAGCCGACUUAUGCGGAUGGUAAAGGUGGUCUCUUAGAUAAAAAUUCCGAUACGGAUGAGUCGGAUGAAGAGGGCGGCGAAGUCGAUUUAAAUUGUGGUAAUAAAGAUACUUGCGUGUUGGAAGUGGAUGAUAUUGAAGAUUUGGAAAUUAUAUCAUUACUAAUGGAACCAUAUCCACCGGAGGGAUUUCAUAUAGUUAACACGGAAAGAUUACCCGGCAUAUUGGAUAUGGAAUUAGUAAAAAAUCUGCAAAUGUUCACUCAAGUAUGGAAGGCAAAAUUGGACAUUGCUCAAAGUAUAAGUAAUUUUCAGAAGCAUUUUCAAAGACUAUUACAAACUAUUUUCUUUAAGUUACGUACGAUGAUUCCUUGCGCUAUUUGCAAUUUAAGUUUUAAACUAGAUUUUCCAGAAUCGGAUCAAAUUCAAAUAUUGGUCGUGGGUAUGGCUCUAAGAUUAGAAGAUCCCAGUAAACUUAAAAAUAAACGUAAAUGUGCAACAACAAAUGGUCAAUCCGAAAGCAACGAAACAUCGAAUAAACGUUCGCAGCAAGAGGAUGAUCUUAUUUUUCCUUUAGAUGAGGACCAUGUGAUCGAAACCAAUACUCCACUAGCAUCUUAUAGCGCUCAUAUUCUUAAAAGUCGUAAAGCAUCACCAAUCCUGUCAGUAUCCGCUCUCAACAUUCGCCAGUGCUAUAACAAAAUUCCCGAUCGUAAUAGCAUUGAUAUUACUCCGCUUAGUUUUCUGCCUGGCGGGAAAAUCGAAAAAUAUUUGGGAAAUUUGAAUUUCUUCUUCAUUCGCGAAAGUACCUCAAUUAGAGAGAAUGGAGGCAUUAGUGGAUUUGUUCAUGGCUUUAUAACAGAGCUACUUGCUGUUGUUCGGGCUCAUAUCGCUGCUCUAGGCGGCAAUGCAAUGGUGUCGUUUUAUCUAAAAGAAUUGAUUAUGCUUGAUAAUCAACAUAAGAAUCAGGGUCAAUGUUUAAUAAGCAUUGGUGGUGAUGCCGUUUAUGUAUCUUACACAAAUGAAGAAUAAUAUCGACAUAUGUUUCCAGUAUUUUGCUUGCAACAAGCGCUUAUGGAAAUUGUUUUCUCUCUUACACUUAUUUACGUACAAUUAUAAUAUAAUGUAAUUUAUUUUAUUCUAAUAAGUGUUACUCGUAGUGAUUAAACUCUUUAUGGAUAAAAUGUAAAA